AUUCCUCCCCAAACUCGCCUCGCUGCUCACGCUCGGAUGUUGGUUAAAAGAAGGGCGCGCAUGCGUUGCUGUUCGGAAUAACACUUCUGCAGCCUAAGUUGAGGAGCUCGCGCGGCAGGAGGACCGGGGAUGUGGAUUAUCAUGCCGGACCGGGGGCGCUGCUGGUUCUGCAGCUGGUCUCUGCUGGUCUCUGUGGUCUGCGGCGCGCAAAGCGCAAACGAACCCAGCAACAUGUCGUAUGUGAAAGCCACGGUGGACAAGCUGCUGAAGGGUUAUGACAUCCGUCUGCGGCCUGAUUUUGGAGGCGCCCCCGUGGACGUGGGCAUGCGCAUAGACAUCGCCAGCAUCGACAUGGUGUCUGAAGUCAACAUGGACUACACCAUCACCAUGUAUUUCCAGCAGUCCUGGAGGGACAAGCGCCUCUCCUACACGGGGAUUCCCCUCAACCUGACCCUGGACAACCGUGUGGCAGACCAGCUGUGGGUCCCCGACACCUACUUCAUUAACGACAAGAAGUCCUUCGUCCAUGGGGUGACGGUGAAAAACCGCAUGAUUCGACUGCAUCCCGAUGGAACUGUGCUCUACGGGCUCAGGAUCACCACGACAGCCGCCUGCAUGAUGGACCUGCGCAGAUACCCGCUGGAUGAGCAGAACUGCACGUUGGAAAUCGAAAGCUAUGGAUACACGACUGAUGAUAUCGAGUUUUACUGGCAGGGAGGAAGCAACUCUGGCUCCGUCACUGGGGUGGAGAACAUUGAGCUGCCUCAGUUCUCCAUCAUGGACUAUCAAACCCUCUCCAAGAAGGCGGUGUUUGCCACAGGUUCAUAUCCACGUCUGUCGCUGAGCUUCAAGCUCAAGAGGAACAUUGGAUAUUUCAUCCUGCAAACCUACAUGCCCUCCAUCUUGAUCACCAUCCUAUCCUGGGUCUCCUUCUGGAUAAAUUACGAUGCCUCAGCUGCCAGGGUCGCCUUAGGCAUAACCACCGUGCUGACCAUGACCACCAUCAACACCCACCUGAGAGAGACCCUACCCAAGAUCCCCUACGUCAAGGCCAUUGACAUUUACCUGAUGGGUUGCUUUGUCUUUGUAUUCCUGGCCUUGUUGGAGUACGCCUUCGUAAACUACAUCUUCUUCGGCCGCGGCCCUCACAUGCAGAAGAAGGCAGCAGAAAAGGCAGCCAAGUCCAGCAAUGAGAAUAAGAGCAGGCUGGAGAGCAACAAAGUGCAGGUUGACGCUCACGGAAACAUACUCCUGACGAACCUAUCCACCGAGAUGGGUGGCCCAGAUAUGAUGGGAGCACUCAAUGACCCGCGCGCCACCAUGUUCUCAUACGACAGCGCCAGCAUCCAGUACCGUAAGCCGAUGACGAGCCGGGACCUUUACGGACGACCCGCCAUGGACCGACCCAUGGGACACAAGAAGAGCCGCUUACGGAGGAGGGCCUCACAGCUCAAAGUCAAGAUCCCGGACCUCACAGAUGUCAACGCCAUAGACAAGUGGUCCAGGGUCAUCUUCCCUAUCACCUUCACCUUCUUCAAUCUGGUCUACUGGCUUUAUUAUGUCCACUAGGGCGGCGGUAGUGAGCAUGUGAGACAGCACCACUGCAGUUUUAUUUUUUAUUUGUUUCAGAAAAUAAUGGUC